AUGUCGUCACUGCAGCCCAGGUGUCGGUCGUCACUGCCUGUCUUAUGUUCCUACCUCUUCAUCUCUCUCUCACUUCUCUUCUUUCUCGGUCGUCACUGCCUGUUUUAUGCUCCUACCUCUUCAUCUCUCUCUCACUUCCCCUCUUUCUCGAACUCCAAACGUUUUACUUUCUCUUUCUUCACCAUGGACUCCUUGUCAAAGUUCGCACCAGGCACCGAACGUCCCGAUCCCCUUUUGCAAUUAGCGAAAGAACUGAAUCCCCAGCCGUUAAGGAAAAGCUCAGAUCUCGGCACCGCUCUCACACUCCAUCGGGGAAGCCUCGAGCACAACCACCACGAAACCCAAUACCUCGCCUUGAAGUCAGUUCCGCCUGCAACGAUUUCCACCUGGAGACAUCAGCAAACCAAAAAUUUCAAAACCAUUCGCACUUGUUAUAACGCAACACAACAACUGCUCAUUCUGAAGGUAAUGCCCAACGAUGCGCACGAAACACCAUCCAGAAUGUUCAAUACUUUCGUCGAUACGAAACUGCUCGCUAUGGGAAUCGACUACAAUGUAGUAGUGCCGACGGGAACAUCGACAGUGAGGAUAGGCGACUGGACUAAGGAGCCCGACUCUUCCUGGGCGCCAGUUGCGUGGAAUGGUCAGAAAAGUUUCGUGCUUGAGGUCGGACUUUCAGAAUCGGAUCCACAUCUGUUUCAGAUGGCCAGAGGCUGGCUGGAAUCGCCAGAUACGACAGUUCAGCUGGUAGUGACACUGAGCAUUUCCCGCCGAAGUCCAACAAUCACUUUUCAGACUUGGAUAUUGGAAUCUCACAGAACGAUGUCAACGAGAGGCUAUUCGCCUUCUGCAAUUGUUCGGUCGCAAAUCACUCUAACCCGCGACGGUAAUGUGACAACUGUUGACGGAAAUGUUUACCUCGGAGACACCACUGCGCCGAUGACCCAGCUUGAGUUGCCGUUUGAGAAAAUUGUCGGCCGCCCUCCGAAUCAGUUGCAGGAACAGGACCUGGUCAUUAGCAGCGACGAGUUGAAACAAAUUGCGCGGGGUGUUUGGCGAGACCAAGGCUUCUGGUGA